CAAGUCCAAAAAUUUAGGCCCAAUGAUUGCCUGUGGAUUCCUUGAAGAUGGAUCGAGCCAUCAUAAUACCUAAUAAAUCAGUAUAAUAACAAAGAGGAAUUGGACGGCCAUAUUGUUAGAUUAAAUCGGACGGAAGAUCAAAAAAUAUUAACUGAAAUUACGCAUAUAAUUAACGUCCAUGGAGGAUCAUUAAAAGGAGAUUACAAUUUUUCAAAAUGAAAUAGGCUACACAAAUACAGCAAUUGCGUAACAGUUAACGCAUGGCAGGUGGAAAGGAAGAGCGAAUUAACGAAAAAUAAAUACAGAAAAUGUUUAAGUCAUGAAUGAGAUGUCGUAAUUUAUGUUCAAUAUUUUAUAGUCGUGCGAAAAAUUAUAGGCAGAAAUAAUCGAAGCCUGAUUCGAGGAGACAACAACAACAACACAAAUGCGUGACUCUGAAGGUGAUGGAAUACACAUACGAUGACGAUCUGGAAGAGCUGUGUCCUGUGUGCGGAGACAAAGUGUCCGGAUACCACUACGGGCUGCUCACCUGCGAAAGCUGCAAGGGCUUCUUCAAGCGGACGGUGCAGAACAACAAGAGGUACACAUGUGCGGAGAACCAGGAGUGUAAGAUAGACAAAACCCAGAGGAAGAGGUGUCCGUUCUGCCGCUUCCAAAAAUGCCUCAACGUUGGCAUGCGCCUCGAAGCUGUGCGUGCAGAUCGUAUGCGUGGGGGGAGGAACAAGUUUGGACCCAUGUACAAGAGAGACAGGGCCUUGAAACAGCAAAAAAAGGCUUUGAUACGAUCCAAUGGGUUCAAGCUGGAGACCUCGGCCCCCCCACCAGCCUCCCCCUUGCAGACUGACUACAGCUUUACUGGCACCCUACACGCUCUGCCCACCAUCUCUAAAAGUCUGCUGCCCUCCACUCCGAUCUCCAUCACCUCCACAGACUACGAGGCCAACCUCUAUGGACCUACAUCGUUAGGCAUGGCCAUGCAGUCCCAUGUGCCCCUUACCCCCCAGUAUCAGUACACAGCAUUCCCCAACAGGGCAAUUAAAGCCGAGUGCCCCGACUACACCAGCUCCCCUGAAUCCAUCACAGGAUACCCCUAUCCAGAAGUGUACCCCUCAGGCUCUCCGCAGCCGCCAAGCCUGCCGCCUUUGGUUGUGGAGCUGCUCCGCUGUGACCCAGACGAGCUGGUGGUACAGAACAAGAUCGUGGCUCAUCUGCAGCAGGAGCAGAGCGGCAGGGGCCGAAUCGACAAGCCCAGCACCUUCAGUCUGAUGUGUCGCAUGGCGGAUCAGACCCUCUUCUCCAUAGUGGAGUGGGCUCGGAGUUGCAUCUUCUUCAAGGAGCUGAGGGUGGGAGAUCAAAUGAAGCUGCUGCACAACUGCUGGUCUGAACUUCUGGUCCUGGAUCACAUUUUUAGACAAGUUCAACAUGGAAAGGAAGACAGUAUCCUGCUGGUGACUGGCCAGGAGAUUGAACUUUCAUCCAUUUUGUCACAAGGAGAGACAACUCUGUCCAGUCUGGUGCAGAGAGGUCAGGAGCUCGCAGCGAGGCUGCGGGUGCUGCAGGUCGACCGCAGGGAGAUGGCUUGUCUCAAGUUCCUCUUUCUGUUUAACCCCAAUGUAAAGCUGCUGGAGAACCAGGCAUUUGUGGAGGGCGUGCAGGAGCAGGUGAAUGGAGCUCUGCUUGAAUACACUCUGUCCACCUACCCUCAGUUCCAGGAUAAGUUCAGCCAGUUGGUGGUUCAGCUGCCCGAGCUGCGCUCCCUCAGCACGCAGGCUGAGGACUACCUUUGCUACAUGCACCUGAGCGGAGAGGUAACCUGCAACAACCUGCUCAUCGAGAUGCUGCACGCUAAGAGAGCGUGUGUGUGAAGAAGACGCACACAAGUGUUCUACCACCAAGUGUUCAAUUUCUGUUUGAGACUGUGUGUGUGUGAGUGUGUGAGAGAAUGUGUGUGGAAAUUAAAAAAGAAAAGGUAAAAGGUUUCACACUGGGUCAUCUUUGUUAGGGCUUUUCCUAGGGUCAAAGGGGAAAAAGAUGUUUCAGAGUUUGUAAUUUAAAGGUUUGGAGAUUUUGAAUGUUUCCAUUUUCAUAUCCUGCACAGCUACUUUAACAUGACCUUAAAACUGGAUUUUCUACUCUGUUUGCAAACAUCUGAAAUAGGGUUUAUUGGGGGAAGUUGCGUUCUUUUUGAAUGAGCAUGAAUAAAACAAGUACAGUCAAGUUAUUUUACAUAGUGCAGAGCUGCUGUCUACAGUGAGCUAAAACUGCGUUCCUAUAAUACCACCCUGACUCUAAGCUGUGAAGUGUUCUGCUGCGGGGGACCUGUUUGCCACGCCCGCUUUACAGCAGAUUUUGUUGCCUUCUUUCGGAAAUCACAUAUGUGCUGCCUGGAACGAGCUCUCCUUUAAGGAAGCUUGUUUUAGGUGCAAAACUGAACAUAGAUCAUUUUAUUUAAAUAAAAACAGACUUUUUAAUUACUGUUGUAGAAAAUAUAAUGCAUCAAGGACUUGAGUAAAGUGCUGAUUAACGGGACAAUCAAAAAUCUUAAUGUCACACACCCAACUUCCAUGAGUGGUUUUUGAACCUCACAGAAACACCCUUUUCCUCACCUCAGGGGUGAAGGGUCAAAUAAAUGUUAAAAUAACAGCUGAAGCUGGAGUGCGUGACAUUUGUCUCCAAUUUUUGACUAUACUUUACAACACCAUGACACACUGGUCUUGUUAGACUAGGUAAGAAUGCACAUAAUCUCUUUAAUGCUACAGGCUGCCAAAAUGUAAAAAACUAAUUGGGUUCUGUAGAGUUGUGUUUUCAUUUAUUUAUUUAAAAUGUGAUAUCUCAAAAACUUCUUAAUGAAAGUUUUCUUAAUGAAAAACAUUCCUAUUGAACUGAACAUCAAAACACAAAGAAAAUACAAAAAGUAAAAGAUAGAGUGAGAAAGUGAGCACUGAAUAAAAAAUGAAAUGCAAAUGAAGUAAACAGGAAUGUUUGGUCAGGGAUAAAAAUAUGUGCAAGUCAGGACAGAAAUAGCAUGAAGGAGAGGGGGAAUUUAUGAACAAAUGUUUGGCGAGGGGAAUUAAAAAAGACAGCAGCUUUAGAGAUGUGAAAAGGAAGAGGAAGGUUGUGUAAAUGCUUGUCCUUCAGCUUUCCCUGAUAGCACAUGGGGGGGGGGAGGGGUGUUGGGGAGGGUUGGCCACAUAUUGACUUCUGUUUAUUUCCACCAUUUAUUAAUUAGGUUCCCUGAGUCCUGAGAGCAACUGAAUCUCAGAAAUCACGAUGUUUCAUAUUCAUUAACGCUUCAACUCUGAACCAAAGAUGGACUCAUCUGUGUAGACAUAGAGUCAGGCUACCUUCUGACCAUGUCCCCCGUUUAUUCCCACCCAGCAAUGUGUGGCCAUCUAUCCCACACCACUCCACCCACUGACAAACAGGCUUUGUGGUUUGGUUGGUCCGUUGGCAGAAUUAGAAAAAAAGUUUACCAGAUUUGAUGAGAUCCAGUCUUGAUCCAGGAUUUUGAUUUUGAUUUGGA